AUGAGCCUCCUCCCUCUCGCGGCCGCCGCAGUCGCAGCGCCCCGAAUCCCGCUCCGGCUCUUCGGCAGAGGGCUCGCCGCCACCAUGUCCACCUCUGGGUCGCUCAAAUCCGUGGACUACGAAGUGUUCGGAAAUGUGCAGGGUGUUUGCUUCAGAAUGUACACAGAAGGUGAAGCUAAGAAAAUAGGAGUGGUUGGCUGGGUGAAGAACACCAGAAAAGGCACUGUGACAGGCCAAGUGCAAGGCUCCGAAGAUAAAGUCAAUUCCAUGAAGUCCUGGCUGAGCAAGGUUGGGAGUCCUAGUUCUCGCAUUGAUCACACCAACUUUUCCAACGAAAAAUCCAUCUCUAAACUGGAAUACAGUAACUUUAGUAUUCGAUACUAA